AUGGGCGGCACGUCGUCCACGGUAGUGGCCGCGGCAGCCCUUCAACAGCAACAGCAACAACAGCAGCAGCAGCAGCAGCAACAACAAGAACAACAGCAACAACUUCAACAACAACAGCAGCAGCAACAACAACAUCAUCAACUGUCUCAGCAGCUGUCACAAACACAAGCGCAGGUCGCUGCUUCUUCUUCAUCCGCGCUAGGAGCGCUUUCGCCGUCGUCCACUUCGUACUACAGCAGUUGCUGUUCGGAUGUUGCCGCCGCUGCCUUGUCCUCCCUGAUGGCUACCACCAGCCAGUUUACACAGUUUCAAAGCUCACUCAAUUUUGCCAGCAAUAACAAUAACAAUGUCAGUCAAAACAGCAAUAGCAACUGUAGUAGCAGCACAAACAACAAUGUCAAUAGCUUGGAUCAUCUGUCAACACCACUGGGGAAUUCGUCCAACCAGACCUCAUCACAGCAGGCGCAGGACGAUGCGGAAGCGAGGCAACAACGCCAUCGGCAACAACAACAACAACAGCAAGAAGAACUACCAGCUAUCUUGAUGGGUGCUAAUAUUCUAGAGAAUAGUAACAUAACAAACAUUAAUCUAAUUGAUAACGAUAGAAAUAAUGACUCGGACAGCAACCACGACAGUCAUCGACACCAUCGACAGCUCGAGAUCGAAACCAACGUUUCGGUCGUUGACGAUGACAUCCCAUGA